CUUAUAAAUACUGAAUACUCCCUCCUAUUCUUCUCGUCCAGUCUAACGAAUCCUAAAUGGAGCAACAGCACCACCUGCUGAUUAUCUGCUGAACCACACCCAUGAUCUCUCUGGGCCAGACUUCCUCUGCGAGCACGCUCUGCUGUUUCUGCUAAAACUCAUUUGUUUUAAUUUGACCAUCUGAUGAAACAGCUCAUCUUUGAAUUUCAGCACUUUCUUUGUUUUAUUUUGAUGGUUUUGGUUCUUUCUUCACCAGAUUAACGGUUUUUGUUUCUCCUCCACCAGGUGAACAUGGAGACAGCUCGCUUCUUCAAAUCGGACUUUGAGGAGAACGGGUCCAUGGACAACGUCUGCUUGUUCCUUAACCUCGCCAACGACCCCACGUAAGAACUUUUGCUUAUUUCUGUUUUCACCAAAGAAAACAUCAAAGUGAAAGUGAAUGAAGAUACAUACGGACCCCUUUAUUUUCCAUUUUCACUAUAAAUACACUGACUCUGUUUUUGUGGGAUUAUCUCCAAUGCCAAGAGAUUAUCCUUCAGUUAUUUCCUCAGAUAUCAAAAGACCCGUUCUGGAAAUCUAUCCAAGACCCUUUCCAGAAAACAGACUAAUCAUCUCAGAGGACAGUGCUAAUUAAGUAUAAUUUUAAAUUUGGUGUAUUUGGGUUAAAGGUGGGGUAGGCAGAAAUCUGUUAAAGAAGCCUCUUUUUUUGUGGUGUAUUUACAAAAAAGCUUUUAAUAUCAGUCAAUAGUUAAUAGUUAUUGAUGACAUUUGGGAAUUCAACGAUAUCUCUGUGUUCUCUUAUGUCUAUGUAGUCAACAUUUUCACAAUUUUGAGUGCUCCGCUCUUUAUGACUAUAAACAAAGCCGUUCUCCACCUCCCUGGCCUGAUUGGUUGUGAGGCAGACGCUGCUCCCCCAUGUUGUUAACCAGCUCAAACAAAGUUAGCGUGCUACAAUAUCGGACAGUAGAAACUAGGUCCCGACCAAUAUAAAUUUUUUUGGCCGAUCCUGAUACCGAUUAUUAGUGGGGGAAAAAAUCUGAUUACUAAUUAUUCGGCUGAUUUUUAAAAUUUUUAAUGAAGUUAUUAAAUAUACAUAUAUACUGUAGAAAUACUGUAGGCUACUGCUACUGAUCCUCUGAUCAAAGUCAGACCAGAAAAGUGUUUUCAACUUAUUGUGUAUUUUACAAACUGGUUUAUUAACUGUUUAAGAGGACCACUCUCCUCCAUGCGUCCCUGAGCUGCCUGCUUCAGAUCCGUCACUCUGCUGUGCUGUGAGGUAGUUAGUGGAUGUUAGUGGAUGACUAUGUCACUGAUAAAGUGACAUAGGCCAGUUGUAGAAGUCUUGCAAACAUUGUGUUUGCUGGUAGUCUGUUGGCAUUUACAGUAGCACCAAUGCUUUUGACUUUCGACUUGACUGGGCCCCUUUUGUAAUUAUCUGAAGUAUUUAUCUGCAUUAUAUCUGAAUUUUAAUUGGAACAAUACGAGCGAGCAGGAGCAUCUGUUUGUGGGCGGGGCUUGCUGAAGCAGAGAGGGAGGGGAGAGGGGGAGCUGAGGAACUUCAUCAGAUCAUGACUACCACACCUGUAAUAGGCAAGAACUAGGUACUGAAGAAGUGUUCACGCUGAACCAUGCAACAAGGAAACCAGAUAGAACCAGGAAUCCAGAACUGCCAAAGACUGAGCGAUCAAAAUCCAGACAGUGACGAACCACAUCCUGACAACAGCAUGGCUCUGUAGGAGAAGAGUCCUGGACUGAUGUGGUCUUGACUUUGAAAACAUUCGGAGCAUCAUGACCCUAAAACCAGGACCAAGCAGACCCUGUAGAUCAGCCGUUUCUCAGUUUUCUUCAGGACUUUAUGAUUUUGUAUCAGGUCAAAUUUUAAACCUAUUUUUUUGUUGCAGCAUCGAGCGAAUCAUCACGCCUCGUCUGGCUUUGACAUCAGCGGAGUAUCUGGCCUAUCAGUGUGAGAAACAUGUCCUGGUCAUCCUGACUGACAUGAGCUCGUACGCCGAGGCUCUCCGAGAGGUCAGCACCCCCGUUUCUGUGCUUCUAUUCUGAAAUGAUAACAGGAAACUCCAGGCUGUCAGUCUAUUUACUGACUUGCCUACACUCAGGUGUCUGCAGCCAGAGAGGAAGUUCCAGGACGACGUGGUUUCCCCGGUUACAUGUACACCGACUUGGCGACCAUCUACGAGAGAGCGGGCAGAGUGGAGGGACGAAAUGGCUCCAUCACUCAGAUCCCCAUCCUCACCAUGCCCAACGACGGUACCCACGCCCACACACAGGCUAAUGCUAAUGCUAAUGCUAACACAGCGCUGCAGUGACAGUGUGGUUCCGGUUCCUGUUCCUCUCAGAUAUCACUCAUCCCAUCCCGGACCUGACGGGCUACAUCACAGAGGGACAGAUCUAUGUGGACAGACAGCUGCACAACAGACAGGUACUGAGGGUCCUCCAGAACCUGUUCUGAGGUCUGAGAGAGAGGCCCGGGUCCACUAUGAGGUCAGAAUUAUAAUCCAGGUUCUGCAGCUGCUGACUCUGUAUUUUGUAGACCAGGACCCAGAGGAUCUUGUUUUAACGCCUGUCUUCUUCUGUGGCGUAGAUCUACCCCCCCAUCAACGUGCUGCCGUCUCUCUCUCGUCUGAUGAAGUCCGCCAUUGGCGAGGGGAUGACCCGCAGAGACCACUCUGAUGUCUCCAACCAGCUCGUGAGUUCAUACACACUUCCUGUUUCUUACUGCACAUGCUCACCUUUAUAGUACCUGUGUGUGUGUGUGUGUGUGUGUGUGUGUGUGUGUGUGUGUGUGUGUGUGUGUGUGUGUGUGUUUGUGUGUGUAGUAUGCGUGCUACGCCAUCGGGAAGGACGUGCAGGCGAUGAAGGCGGUGGUGGGGGAGGAGGCCCUGACGGCUGAUGACCUUCUCUAUCUGGAGUUCCUCACCAAGUUUGAGAAAAACUUCAUCUCCCAAGGUGCAUUGGGGCAAAAAUAACCACUCAGAUCUCCAAAAAGAUGUUCACAGUUUUAUUUAAACAAACUUUUAACAAGAUUAGUGAACAAUUUUCAUGAGUAAAUAUUUUGUUGUAUAAAUAUAUAUAUGCACAGUGAGAGAGAGAGGAAAAAGAUACUGGACAGUUUUAAAAUCACAGGUAGUGAAGGGUUAGCAGAGAGGAAGAAACAGGAAUAAAACAGCUUACUUAUAAAUGGGGAGUUGAAAAGGUACAGAGUGAUAAUGAAAUACAUAAAACGGAAAAAUAAAACAAUUCAAAACAGUCGAAACAACCAGGGCUGUUACAGGGCUACACAGCUGUCUAAAAAGUAACACCCCAGAGGUAGCCAAAACAAAGCGUUUCAGACAGAGGCUGAAUUAAAGUGUUCACUGACGCCGGUAUACGAUGAGUAAGGAGUUUUUUUGAUCUGUUAACCAAACCCCCUCCAGAGAUGAAUGUUGCCGACCACUUGCUUCUCUAGUUAUACCAACUUCAGUAACGAGCACAGGAUAGCAAUACAGAGAGCCACGUGCUCAACCAAAAUGCCACUCUGUAGCCACAAAUAAUGUUCAGAACAGCACCUAACUUCAUCAACAGUACAUAUAGGGUCCCAGGCACAGUACUAGCCACCAAACAUCUUUAUAACUUUGACUAAUUUCUUUAGCAAACAGACUAAACACAACUCACCUACUCUCUUCCAGUCGCCGCUUGUUUGUAGCGAGACCUCAGGCCAGUCCAUUACGGACUUAAGCGGGGUGACGCAGCUCAAGGAAGAACAUUCAUGAUCAUUUCUUCAUGGAAAUACAAUCAGACCGAGAUGCUAAGGCAGAGGAACUACCGCGUCUGCAGAGAAAAAUGAUUAAUAUGGUGAUUAUUACUUCAAGGAAAUGAUAAAGAAAUGAUCAUAAAUGUUCUUCCUUGAGCUGCGUCACCCCGCUUAAGUCCGUAAUGGACUGGCCUGAGGUCUCGCUACAAACAAGGGGUGGCUAGAAGAGAGUAGGUGAGUUGUGUUUAGUCUCUUUGCUAAAGAAAUUAGUCAAAGUUAAAAAGAUGUUUGGUGGCUAGUACUAUGGCUGGGACCCUAUAUGUACUGUUGAUGAAGUUAGGUGCUGUUCUGAGCAUUAUUUGUGGCUAUAGAGUGGCAUUUUGGUUAGGGUUUGUUUAUGGCUCCUCAGACCGCUGUGUAUUGCUAUCCUGCGGUCGUUACUAAAGUUGUUAUAACUAGAGGAGCAAGCGGUCGGCAAUAUUCAUCUCUGGAGGGGGUGUCUAACUCGGUGUUAUGGUGUGUUUGACCCUAAAUCAAUUUUACGCCGGAAUAUCCUUUUAAUAUGACCCUAACUUUAAUUUAAAGGACCCUCUUGUGUGUGCAGGUGCCUAUGAGAACAGGAGUGUAUUUGAGACUCUGGACAUCGGAUGGCAGCUGAUGAGGAUAUUCCCCAAAGAGAUGCUGAAGAGGAUUCCUCAGAGCACUCUGGCAGAGUUUUACCCCCGAGAGGCCAAACGUUAAACCCACACGCCCGUCAUCCUCUCAGUACACCGCCUCCUCCUCCUGCACCCUGCUGCCUCCAUCAGUGAACUCUCACCGUGUACGUACAGUAACGUGACGUGAUGCUGUGACCGUUUCAAACUUGUGACUUUCAUGUGGCCUUGAACGCACCAUUCCUGCUUUAAAAAAAACAGAAACACAAGGAGGGAAGUGCUGGAGUAAAGUUUACAGAGUGAAUGUGGAGAGUGUAAAUGGAGGAGAUAAAAAGUAUGUGUGUGUGUCUUUUAUGGAUGUUAACAGAGACACAACAGAAAGUCCCAAAGAACUUCCACAGUCAGGUUUUCAGACCUGCCUGAUGAGCAAAAACACCCCAAACAGUCAAUAAAGCAUUUAUACUUUAAUCUCCAAUUCUCAGAUGAAGAAAAAAUCAGCCUUUUUAUUUAGAGAUUAAGUUCGUAACAGUGAAGGAUUAAGUUCAUGUUUAGAUGAUACACUGAAAAAAGUGAGAACAACUUUACACAGUGCUUUUAAAACUAAAGUGGAUUCAUAGACACAAUUAUUUACACACCUGUCUCUGCUGGGGUCUAAACGUCAGAUUGGUUUUAUUUUUUUUCAAACUUGUACAAUCAUGUGUCCUAAAAUCCCCCCAGAGAUCCUCCUGAUGUGUCAAAAACACACAAACUAGAGACUUAAGAACCCCUUUUACAGCUGAAUCCCCUUCAUCUUUACAGACUGACCUGACAAAUCCUGAAUUUGAACGUUUUACAAAUUUACAAAUCUGGUGAAGUUUUUCCAGCCAUUAAACCACAGUGUUUAUUUUAGCUCUAAAGCGCUAACGAGACAUUAUUCAGCAGAUUUGAAUGUGAGUCUGAGACCCAACAGAGACACAGACAGUAAAAUUGGGACUCAGCAGUGACAGUACCAGUAAGACCUGAGACCCAGAUCAGAGUUGAACAGUGAAUAUGAGCAAAGAUCCAGAUGUUGAAACUGAGACCAUUUGGUGAUAUAAACAAUGAAAUUGAGACCCAGCAAAGAAAGAAAAACAGUAAAAAUUAGACUAAGCAGGGACACCAAUCUUCACACCAAGCCCAUAAAUAUGAACACAGUGAAACUGAGACCAUUUGGUAAUAUACACAGUGAAAUUGAGACCCAGCAAAGAAAGAAAAACAGUAAAAAUGAGACUUAGCAGGGACACCAAUAGUCACACCAAGCCCAUAAAUAUGCACACAGUGAAACUGAGACCAUUUAGUAGGUAAUAAACAGAGAAAUUGAGACCCAGCAAAGAUAUAAAAACAGUGAAACUGAGACUUAGCAGAGACACCAAUAGUCAAACCAAGCCCAUAAAUAUGCACACAGUGAAACUGAGACCCAGCAAAGAUAUAAAAACAGUGAAACUGAGGCCAAGCAAGAAGUGAACCUGUGAAUCUGAGACUUAGCAAAGAUGCAAAUGGUGAAACUGAGACCAAGUGGUGAUAUAAACAGUGAAAUUGAGACCCAGCAAAGAUAUAAAAACUGAAACUGAGACUUAGCAGAGACACCCACAGUCAAACCAAGACCAUAAAUAUGCACACAGUGAAACUGAGACCCUGUGGUGAUUCAACAGUGAAACUUGGACUCAGCAGAAGCACAGUAAAACUAAAACACAGCUAGAAGUUAAAAAACUGAGACUCAGCAGAGACAAAAACUGUAAAUCUGAGACUUAGCAGUGAUGCAAAUAGUGAAACUGAGACCAACCAGAGAGUCAAACAGUGAAACUUUGACCAUGUGAUGACACAAACAGUUAAACUGAGACUGUAUAGUCACAAAAAGUAAAACUGUGACUGACAGAGACAUGAACUGUAACAGUAAAGCUGAGAAUUAACAGGAGCAUAAACAAUCAAACUAAGCCCAUGAUUAUGCACACAGUGAAACUGAGACCCUGUGGUGAUGUUACAGUGAAACUUGGACUCAGCAGAGAAGCAAACAGUGAAACUGACGCCCAACAAAAACACAGUAAAACUAUAAGACAGCUCAAAGUAAAAAACUGAGACUCAGCAGAGACAAAAACUGUAAAUCUGAGAAUAUUGAAAAGGUGCAACUGGGACCGACCGGGGAGUCAAACAGUGAAACCUUGACCCUGUGGUGACAGAAACAGUUAAACUGAGACUGUAGAGACACAAACAGUAAAACCAAGCCUGUAAAUAUGCACACAGUGAAACUUGGACCAAGUGAUAAAAACAGAGAAAGUGAGACCCAACAUAGACACAGGCUGUGAAACUUGGACUCAGCAGUGACAUUUCCAUUAAAACUGAGACCCAGGUCAGAGUAAAACAGCGAAACUUGGACUCAGCAGUGACAUUACUAGUAAAAUUGAGACCCAGGUCGGAGUAAAACAGUGAAACUUGGACUCAGCAGAGAUGCAAAUGGUGAAACUGAGACCCAGCAAAAACAUAGUAAACUAAGACACACCUAGAAGUAAAAAAACUGAGACUCAGCAGAGACAAAAAUUGUUAAUCUGAGACUUGGCAGAGAUACAAAAAGUGAAACUUGGACCAAGCAAAAACAAAAAAAGUAAAACUGAGACCCAGGUUUAUCACAUAUACCAGACCCCAGAUAAAAACAGUUUAUAGUUUGUAAGGAAACUAACAGGAUACCUGAUCUGUUGAGGUGUGUCUUUAGGGGAACCGUCUGGUUUUAUUUUAGUUUCUCUUAUUCAUGUUGGUCUUGACUCUUCUCAGCGUCCUCCUGUACAUCUGUACGUCACUGCAGCUCAUUGAAAUAACAGCUGUUAUAUAAAAAAAACAGAUGUUCAGGGUUGUAAAGUCACCCGUUAAGAGCGUAAAUGAUUUAUAUUUAUCUAUAUUUUGAGAUAUUUUUCUUUAGAUUUGUGUCAGAUAUUAUUCCUGUACAUAUUGAGCAUAUCAGCCUUAAGAAGAACAAAUCUCUUCAGCCCUCAGUGCAUUUAACUCCAAAAACAAACACCUGACCUGAAGUUAGAGCUUCACCCGGCAGCAUUUAUCAGUCUGAACACUCCACAGCUAAUGAAGAGGUAUCACCUGAGCGGACUCGGAGUUUGGUGACAGGUGUGUGUGUGUGCUCCUGUAAAUGUCUUCAUUUGGCCCUCAGCGCACUCGUCCUGCCUCUGCCCUGACUCCCCAUACACCGAGAGACUGUGAGGCUCUGACAGACUGUCGUGUACUGCCAUGAGGAACAAUAAGGCCUUUCUGCACCACAUAAGGUUUUACAUUCAACAUUGAGAGCUUUGAUACACUUAGAGAAGCCAUGUCUGUAAUAGACCAAGACUAAACUAGAAUGAAUCUGAGUAUUUAAGAGGUGAUGGAGCUGUGUAGUUUGAGGGAGAUGUCCCUUUGUUUCUGUAUAGAUUAAAACACCUUGUUUUCCUCUAGUGCUGAAGUUUAAACUCUCGUUUAAGGUUUUUUGUCUUUAGAUGAUCGUCUCUCUGAACAGAUCAGCCUGUAAAUGUCCUUAGAUGAUGUAUUUUCUUUAAACAGUGUGUGCAUGUUGACUUGAUAUCUGCCUGCAUGCAUUAACUCUAAAUGUUACCUGUUGGUGCCUCGACUAUCCCUUCAAAUAAAAGCUGCUGUCUCUCAUUAUUUCACCAC